AUGGAUUGGAUGAUGUGCCACGCAGGAAAGUUGGACGCGGCUCCAUUUGCUGGUGAGGCAACCCCAUCAACAACAUCAGUGAAGCCCAGCUCAGCUCAAACUGAAACUGCAGGCCCAUCUAACACUUUGGAGGGUUCUGCAACCACCGGAACCUAUGAAGUCACAGCAAGAACUGGAGCCCUAGCUCUUAAAAAGUCAAGACGAGCAAACCGAAGAACGUCUCAAACUAGCAGCUACUGGCUCGAUCUGUUACUUGUGAUGAUUGCGGAAACAAGAAAAUUUUUAAAACAACUGAAGAAAUUGAGCUCCACACUGAGAAAUCAGCUAAGACUAGCGAACGCUCAUAAACAACCUCUUGCAAAAGCAAAAGUUGCAAGUCCAAAAUUGAAAUCAUAUACAGAGGAAGCAAGUUUACAAUUUCUGAAGGUGGCUAUUGAGCCAUAUGCCAGAGUUUUAGAAGCGUGGGAAGACACUUUGAGCUCAAGAAAAAGGCUAUACGCAACUGUCUCAUUAAAUGAUGUUUUCAAUGAAUUACCAUGUUUGAAGCAAGGUUUUGGAAUUGAAUUGAUUGAAACAGACUUCAACAGGAAGUAUCCAGACAGCGUCGAUAUAAUUUACUCAACUUGGCCAAAGGUGGCUGAAGCCAUCAUAAAAGAAGCCAAAGAAAGAAAAAUUUAUUUACCAGAAUGCAGUGAUGAAAAUAUCCAAGCACUAUUAGUCUUCCCAUACCUCUUCCAACCAAUCACUAUUAAAAAAAAAACAGAAAAGGAUGCAACUGGAGACCGAGUAGAAGUGAAAUUCAAGAAAGCUUCUUUUUUCAUGUAUCAGACAAAUAAAAUCAAUUGGUUUUUGCGCCAUGCCAAAAUCGCCCUAUUACAACAAGUCUUUAUUAACUCACACUACUCCAAAAGGGCGAAAAACGAAGAAAAUGCGGGCGGCGCGGCGAUAGCGCCAGGCACCGGCAGCACCGCUAUUUCGGUUACCGACAAAGUCAAAUUCGCGAUGGAAUGCAUAAAUUUUAAAUGGACUCAAAAAAGAGGAUUGUGUGAUCUUCGUAAUAAAUUCGAAAUUCCUGCUAAUUUACCAAGCUUAACUCCUCCGAAGCUCAACCCGGAAGUAGCGGCUGCUCUUGCGAAAUCCAGCAUAACCACUGAAUCCUCGCAUAGGGAAGUACAGAAUUAA